UUCUCUUUCCUAAUCGUCUAAUUCUAAUUACACGUUAAAUUAUCACGGACGAUUGAAAUAUCGUGCAGAACGUUAGAACGAACACCCUGUAUGUACACAUACGUAGAGAAACAGGGCCGGUGUGAUAUCACGACAUCGGGAUGCAGAUGUUUAAGCCCACGAGAGCAUAAGUUGGUAGGAGGAAGACAUGCUGGUACCCGCGCUUAAACUAUACUCGUUACACGGUGUUAUUAAUGGUCGAUGUUUCGCGCUGGCCCAAGCGCGUAUUCACGCGUCGCUCUAACCUGCGAACGCCCACGGGACGGAAUCGUCUGAUUCGUCCCGCGGGAUAUCGCUUGACCCAGAAGAUUUAAUUAACGAACGCUGUGUUUGCGGGUAUAACGCGAGACGCGGCUCUACAACAGCGUAGGUGAGUGCCACGCUGAUCUGUCGGAAGUGAAACUUUGCCACGUUUUGAGAAGUUGAAUCCUUCGGAUAUUUGAUAUUCGAGAUUAAAGAAGCAGAGAAGAAGAGAGAAUUCCUUGCAAAGGGUAAUGACUGUGGGAAAGAACGCGAUCCGUGUGUGUUCUAUGCGUAUGUAUUGCGCGAUACUUGAUCUUGUUAUUGUGUCUUCAACCCUUAGGGGAAUUUUAUGCUUCGAUUUAGCAGUCAUGCUAAACUGGAACUGGUGGUACAAGUGAGAGCAGAUAGUUUUAUAUGACAAAAUAUAUAAGAUGAAAACGUAGAAUACGGAAAAAUCGAUGUUAGAUAUUUGGCUAGCGUGCAUUUGAGUGUUUUGAUGGUGUACGAUAAUGUGCAUCUGUUCUAAUUACACUAUCACUUACAGAAAAGUUAUGAGAAUUGGUAGCUAUGAUAAAGUGACUAAUUCAGAUUGAAAACCGUGAUCUUUCUAGUAGUAUAUUUUCAAAAUACGUUUGUCAAUCAUCCAAAUCACGUAUUCUGUAAUUGUAUGGAUUGUUUCUUCCUUUCAAUUUAAACAAUACUAAUAAUAUUCUUGCAUUCGCAUAUGCUCACAAUACAAACAGAAAAUUUGCAUGCAUAUCAUUUUAAUUGCAACAACAACCACAUAAUUUGCAACAUAAUAUGACAAUUUCAGGGAAGGUUACGUAAUUGUCAUAAAUUUUCUUAUCAUGAGAUUCAUUGUAUAGACAAGCAUACAUAACAUAUAAUUCGAUUCAGUCUCGUUACAUCCUGUUUUUCUAUUUUUCGAUGCAGUUACAAUUUUUUCAUGACUCGACUCUUUCUCGUUUCCAUAAAUACUAUAGAAACUAUAUCUAGUGGGUACACUAGAGGCACGCAAUGACAAACGAAAUUCAUUCUGAAAGUCAUUUUUUUAGCCACAUUUCAAGGUCAUCGUCGUUUUUUCAAUGGAACCAUAUAUUUUUUAACAUAUUAAGCGAUCCAUUUCGACAUUCUCUAUAAAAAAAAAUAUAUUAGCCUAUUCAUGCCGGAAAACUUGUGAGUUUAACAAAUAUUUUAACUUUAAUUUUGUUAAAUUUAAUGUACGAAAGACAAGGAAAGACGCGAAGAGACAUUCUUGUGUUUGCGUUGUCUUUGUCUUUCAUGUACUAAAUUUAACAAAAUUAAAUUAAAGUUAAAAUACCUGCUAAACUACUAAAUAGUUUAGGUUUCGGCACAGAUAGGUUAAUAUCUUUUUUAUAGGGAAUGCCGAGAUGCAUCGGUUGAUGUAUUAAAAAAUAUAUGGUUUCGUUAGAAAAAAAUGAUAACGACCUGUUUCCAUCCGAAUACUCCACCCUGUAUAUUAAUUUUAUUUGAUACAUUAUUACAUAUGUUAUAUUUUUGUUUUACGUAUUAUACUUUGUGUCUAUUAUAAUAAUGUAAUUCCAAUGUAUAAUAUACAGAGUCCUGUACAUAACUGGGACAAGCUCUCGUGUCUUCAAAGCGGUUACAGAUGGAUAAAAAUACUAUAUUUCGAAAUUAGGUCGUAUUCAAUGAUGCAAAAAUCUGAGAAUAAUUCUGUUCUUUUUUUUGCAAUUUUUUUGAAGGAAGUUUCUCAAUUGCGUAGUAAACUCUGUAUAAUAAUGUAAUUUCUCCAUUUGCUUAUUACAUAAAAAAUCCAAACAAUGCGUGUGUUCAAGCUUGUUAAAAUCAUGUCCAUCUCGAGAUCUAACGAUGACUUCUAUUACCGCAAAAAAUAUACGUGUACUCUUAGAAAAAAAAAGAACUGUACUUCCAAUGCAUUUUGUAAUCUGCAUAUCAAUGACUUAUAUGCCUCAUAUUGAAGUAGUUUCGCUUUUAUUCCUUCCUUGUUACGUCAGUGGGAGGUUGCAGUCUCACGGAGAGGGUACUUUAUAUAUAUAGCAAAGAUUUUCCAAUCUGUUUCAUAACGAUCGAGGAUGUCAUAAAACAUGGACACAUUCCCUUCGGGUUUAUUGAACGCGUAGUGUACUUUUCAUAAAAAUCUCGGAAUAAAAGUGACGAUGUUAAAAUACAAAACAUACGCUUAUCUGUAUUUAAUGUUUUAUUUGAUUCAUAAAGACGUUAUUGACGCGGUAAUAUGUGAUGAGGAAGAUACGUUGCAUGUCAGUACAAAAAUUCGCCUGAAGAUUUACAAAGGUAACAGCUCUCACUUCACAUCCACCGAGAGCAUGAUUACGAAUCCAGGAAGCAUUGCAGACGACAUAUUGCCCGACCGAGACAGUAUCCUCUAUAUACAUGGAUUCAUGGAGAAUACGGAAGCAGAGAACGUUCGGAUAAUAAUUAAAGCCUAUCUGGACAAGGGAGACGUGAACAUCAUUGCACUGGAUUGGGGAGAUAUAGCAUUUCAUAUUAAUUACGUUCACGUGUCCGGUCAAAUUGUCACAAUAGCGAAGGCGGUUGCUGAAUCCCUAAACAAACUCGUCGAUCUGAUCGAUUUAAACACGUUGCACGUGGUUGGGCAUUCUUUGGGCGCUCACAUAGCUGGGAAUAUCGGCAGAUACGCGAAUGUCAAUCUUAGUCGAAUAACGGGCUUAGAUCCAGCGCUUCCGUUGUUUUAUCCUUCUACGUGUCACAUCAGAUCAACCGACGCCGAAGCCGUUGUUAUCCUUCACACUGAUGGUGGAUUUUAUGGGACAGCUACUAACACGGGAACUGUUGACUUUUACGCAAACGGGGGCAUCAGUGUUCAACCGGGUUGUCCUAUAAUCUUCGGUGGAGAAUUCUGCAGCCAUCAAAGGUCUACCCGAAUAUAUGCAGAGUCUCUAAUGAAUCCGAAAGCGUUUCCGGCGCAUAAUUGUCUUAACGAAAUUGCCGAUACCGAGGAAAUCUAUUUUGGAGAUUCGACACCAAAGAACAUAUAUGGAACGUAUUGUUUCACUACCAACGCCAAGCCACCCUAUGGCAAAACUAAUUAAAAUUUCCGUUUCUUAGAUAAUAUAAUAAUACUUUACCUUAUAGACUAGUCAUUUUAUUUCGUAGAUUUGUUUUGGAUCUGUCAUCAUUUUAGUGAAUAUAAGCUUUAAGAUUAAAUACAUCACUCGCUAUAAAUCCUAUCUGCAUAAACCCUUUUCGUUUCCAUCGUUUCUUAAAUUCACAUCAUAAAUUAGUUUUGAAGUUUAUCUUCUGAUUUAUCUCUAUAUUGUGAUUUCCUUUUCGUAAUGAUAAUACUUCUUUUUAACACUGAGAGAAUAAUUUUACGAGCUAUGGGAUAAAUCUUUUCACGGAAAACGCAAUAGAUUUCAAACAUCGUCGUAUCAUGGUACCUGCAGAUGACAAGCAACACUUUAUUAUCGUCUAUUCUCACAGUAUACGCGUAGCAGACAAGCGAGCAUAACCAUACGCAGUCUAUCUUAGGAUUGCAAAUUCAAAAAGGACUAUCUGACAACCCACGCUACUGUGUAGUUCUCCAUUGCUAAUCAAUUGACGCUGCAUCGAGGGUUCUUUAACCCUAUUGUGUUCCAUCAAGGAUACACACAUGGUUGAGUGUGCUCUAAGAAAUUUACUUCCACGAAAAUCUCUUAACAAUUUAUCAACGUUGUUUUCGUAUACGCAUAUACAGAGUGCCUAUGCUGCUAACAAGAAUUUCUUUUCAAUAACAAACAAGAAACAGAGAGAGAAUAUAUUAAUACAUAUCAUUACUAAUACUGUUAUUAUUAAUAUUUAAUUUAACGGGUAUAUUUAUGAACAAAUAAAAGUGUCGUUAAUGUGAAAAGAUAAUAUCUUUAUCAUGUACAGUCUGUUUCAUUAUUAACUACUUCAUUUCCUGCGUCUGGAAGCCACAAAUAGCAUUUCCGUUCGCGAAUGCUGAACUCGUCUGAAAGAUUAAAUCUACCUACCGAUUUGGCAAAGUGACGCAUGAAUAGCUGCUUAUAAUUUCAUUUUAAACGUUCAUCGUCAUGAAUAAUUAAUAAGAAUCGCGACGUUCCUCUUGACGCGUAUUGUACCCGGAACCUCCCAUUCAACGACGAUAACAUUCCACGUAUUUAUUACUUACAUCUCGCAACAGCAAGCCAGAAGUGUCCUAUUUUUCAUGUUUUAUGUACGUAUUACUAUAAUCAAAUUAGUGAUUUUUUAUUACGUAUGUUAAGGGUGGUUGGUAACUGGUGGUACAAGCGGAAAGGGGGGGAAUUUUUUUAUUUUUUUUUAAUUUUUCCAUCGAGACAACGAUCUACAGUGAGAUCCGUUAUAACGAGACGUGAUAAAGUGCACACGUACCGAGUGAAAAUUCAAAGUCGAUUUUCUCGAAAACAAAGCCUCAAACGAAAAAUUUUUAUUCUAUAUUUUCGACUUCUUUUUUCGCGUAGAAUUACCCCUUUCCGCUUGUACCACCAGUUACCAACAACCCUGUAUAUAUGUUAUCAAAAUUAACUUUUAUUCAAAAUUUUUAUGUGAUUUGUCAGUUGCUCCGUUACCUUAUUUUAAAUAACAUGAUUUUUGUGAUAACAUAUUCGAGAAAUUUUUAUUAAUUCUCGAUUAUAACGUAAGAUUCUGUGAAACUGUACUCAGAAAUUCUUUAAAAACAUCCAGUUUAGUAUAAUUAGUCUGUGUUAACUCCGCGAAAGCCGCGCUAAUUGUAAGCAAAGUAGAACCAUUGUGGAAAUAAAUUUAGUGCUGGCAUCGAAGAAAAUUCGUGCUCUAUACAAAGCAGCCUAUGCCUUGAUUGUAAUUUAUAACCCAUUCACCAAAUUACUGCGAUUACGCAGUAAAACGCCGCACAGUAAUGUUCAAUUCUACCUGCCUAAUUGAAACACAUGCGUCUACUGUUCAGAUAUCCAACCGUUCGAAGACUGACCCAACGUGUAGUUAAUUGUGUUGUUAACAUGCAUAACCGCGACGCGGCAGCUAGCUGCGUAAAGCAAUGUUCGCGCACGCGAAUGCAUUCUAAUCGAACCAAUUAAAUUAACCUGACAGCGCAACUGGUUCGUUACCAACGGGCAUCCGUGUGCCCGCGAGAACUCUUGCCAUUCGCGUCGUUCGAAAGACUUCCGAAAAACAACUGCCACUUUUCUCUUCCUGGCUACGCGUUCUGCAAAUUAUCAACAGGCUACGCGAUAUUUCAACCGGCGCGCAGCGAUACCCGAACGGGCACGAUACAUCAAUUUCAUCGCGGUUUCUAUACGCCGGUCGCUUAGAGAUUUCUUAAACGCAC